AUGGAGCAAACCACCAACAGACUCGGCCUCACCCUCGUAUCGAAAUACUACCCCGUAGCAAACUACUCCUACCCUCGCAGCGAGGCGCCCUGCUCCUCCUCCGCCUCCUCCUUCUUCUCCCGCACCCCCUACAACAGCAGGCGAUCCUCCUCGUCCAUCAAAGACGAGCCCAGUCCUUUAUCACCCCCGCCGGGCCUGGUCGACGACCGCAGCACCUACGACUCAGAGGCUUCUUCCUCCGCGGACGACGACGACUUCCG